AUGGCCUCAACGAGCGGAAAUAUGUUAGAAGUCAACGACACAUGCAAAUCGAACAGAUGGUGGAAGACGAAGCAGGAGAAAAAGUGAGUUUCUACCCAGUUUUAACUGAAGAAUUUCAACUUCUCUAUAGACACUCCACAAUCAAGAAAGUAAAGACGCUGAAAACGUCGUGGGACAAGAAAAUGUACGAAAAAGCAAAGAAGGAUAUGGUGAAACGUGUGCAGUGCGUCAUUCGAGAGCGCCAAGUGCAGGAGAGACGGGAAAAGAAGGAACGAAAGGAGGAGCAGGAGAAGCGACGCGUUGAGAACGAGCGAAAGGCCGAAAUUGUGCAGGUAUAUGCUUGACAACUCAUGAACCGACGUGAAAAUGGUUAAAUUCUCAGAAAAUCACCAAGAUCCACAAGCUCAAAAAGACGAAGAAGCGCCAGCUCCGUUCUAUCCAGAUGCGCGACACCACCGAAGUUUCCAAGUGA